CGGGGAUAACAUGGCGUUUGAGGAAAUGCCGUGGCUUACUUGAAGUUGACAAUACUCGGAGAUACCUUCGUGGUGAGAAUACGGCAUUGAAGAUUUCGCAAAACCUCAAUCUCGUAACAAUAGUCCGCCGUGUUUGUCUGUCUCAGAGAACAAGACCGAACCGGCCGUCAAAAAUCUCCAUUAGUAGAGAGAAAAGUCCUUGGAAGGGAAGGGGGCUCCUUGGUCGAUACGAUAGGCAGAUUGAAGAUUGCAGAUUCCAAUCCCGGCACGGUCAAACAAACACGAAUAAAAAAAAAAAUCAACAUGACGUCUCACCCUGAAUUCGGUCUGAGAACUUCGGGCUUCGAGGUGGCCAAGGUCUUCGCUGACCAGAUCCGGGGAAAGACAAUCCUAGUCACCGGAAUCGGCCCAAACGGAAUAGGUGGCGCCACUGCCCGCGCCUUCGCGUCGCAAGGACCCAGCCUGCUCAUCCUCGCUUCAAGGACCCAGAACAAGAUUGAUAGCGUCGCGGCUGAAAUCAGGAAGUCGUACCCCAGCGUCAGGGUCGAGCCCGUCCUCCUAGACCUCUCGUCGCAGAAGGCGAUCCGCGACGCAGCCGCCGAGGUCGGCAAGCUGACCGACAAGCUGGACAUCCUCGUCAACAACGCCGGCGCAGUCGUGUACGAGCGCCAGAAGACGGCCGAGGGCAUCGAGCUCCAGUUCGGCAUCAACCACGUCGGCCCCUUCCUGUUCACCAACCUGCUCGUGCCCCUUCUCCUGAAGUCGGCCGAGGCCGGCCCUGCCGGCGCCACCCGCGUGGUCAGCCUCAGCAGUGCCGGACACAGGCUGUCUCCCAUCCGGUUCAGCGACUACAACCUCGAGGGCGGCCGUCCGAUACCGAAGGAGGAGGAGCCCUUCUCCCCGCUGCCGCCCAUGUUCGCCAAGGAGACGGAAGACAGAUACAACGGCACCAUUGCCUAUGCCCAGUCCAAGACGGCCAACAUCUUGUUCACCAAGUCCCUGCAGGAGUACCUCGGCAAGCGGGGCAUCUCGCCCUACUCCCUACACCCAGGAAGCAUCAUAACGGACCUGGGUAGGGAUCAGGACGAAGAGAUGGCCAAGGCGUUCAAGAGCGUGGCCCCGUACUGGGGAACCGAGGACGAGGGUUCGUCCACGACCCUCGUCGCGGCUCUCGACCCGGCAUUGAGCGAAAUCAAGGGAGUCUACCUCUCCUCCUGCCAGAUCGCAGAGCCGACUCCGUUCGCCACAGAUGCCGCGAAUGCCGAGAAGCUGUGGAAGCUCAGCGAGAAGCUUGUCGGCCAGGAGUUCAACUGGGUCGCUUGACCGGAAUGUAGCAUAGAAGCAUAG